AUGUCUUUUCUCAGGACUGUUUUAAAUGACUCUGUCCUCAUUCGUCCUCCAGGCUUCUAUAUCAUUGGAUUUGAGACUUUUCCUUCCAUCAGUGUCUACUUCAUAUUUCUAGCCUUUGUUUAUGUAGUUACAGUGUUGUUUAACGGUUUGGUGAUCUACACAAUUGUUUUUAAUCACUGUUUGCACACUCCUAAAUUUUUUGCUGUUCUCAACCUUGCAGUGAUUGAUGUAAUACUAAAUACUUGUACUAUUCCCAGUAUGAUCAAGGUAUUUCUCAUAAAGGACAACUUUAUUCCAUUUAACCUAUGUAUAGUGCAAAUGUAUGUCUAUUAUGCUUUUGCGACUUUGGAGUCAUAUGCACUGGCUAUACUUUCCUAUGACCGGUUGAUUGCAAUAUGUUUCCCUUUGCGUCAAAACUCAAUCAACACAAAGCAGAGGAUGUGUUGUAUUGUUGGAGUGUCAUGGGGGUUUGGUCUGGGAGUAAUUAUUUUUUCGACAAGUUUAAUGGCACGACUGUCUUUCUGUGGGUCUGUGAGAGUUUUCAGUUAUUUCUGUGACUACGCACCUGUGUUUAGACUUGCCUGUAAUGAUUACACACUGCAAUGGUGGGUGUCGUCUUUGCUUACCAUCUUGUUUCUUGUACUGCCCUUUACUUUCAUCCUUCUUUCUUACGUCAGCAUCCUGGUGACAGUGUUCAGGAUGAAAAAUUUGGACAGUCGAGUGAAAGCUUUGGCCACUUGUGUUGAGCAUCUGAUUCUUGUUGCUGUGUUUUACUUUCCCCUCCUCAUUAUUUUCACUAUUGGCUUUUAUCUGCGACUCAUUGAUCCAGACCAGCGUGUCCUGAGCCUGUCGUUGGCCUCUUGCCUCCCACCCUGCAUCAACCCUAUUGUCUAUUCUUUAAAGACCAAAGAGAUUAAAAUCAGAAUGCAGGCAUGGUUUAGAAAAAAUAAUGUUGAUGUAGACCAAAGUAAGAGCAAACCUUGGAGAGUUUUUAAACGGAAGGGACGCAUGAGUCCCUAA